UAGAGAUCGCCUGAAGAGCGGAAGCCUUCUGUCGAGAAGCAGCUACCCAAGGUCCAGGAGCUUCCGGUAUGUGUUUUCCCUCUGUUCUCGAUUACCUUGGCAACGGCUGAGGCGGGAGACCGGUGGUCUGCACCGUCCUGGAGGGAGAUAUGAGUGGCUGGACUCUCAGCCAGCCACUGGGAUGUGUUCGGGCUUUGGACCUUGAGGCCGGAGAGAGCUCCCGAGAGGAGGCGGCGCCCCGUUCGUUCUUCUGAGGGGACGGUAGAUUUGGGGGUUUUCGUCUAGGAUUCUCGCGCCGUUUCCUCUGAAGAAACAGGACCAGAGAGGGAAGGUGACCUGAAAGUCACAGAAUAAUUUUUUAGAGCUGAACAAGAAUCCAAGCCUGCAACUGCAGAGACGAGAGAUCUUUCUGCUGUCUAUACUCUUGGAAAGCUCAUCCUAAGAUCUUUGCAGAUUAUCCUGUGGAAGGAAAAUGCCUAAAGUCAAAAGAAGCCGGAAAGCACCCCCAGAUGGCUGGGAGUUGAUUGAGCCAACACUGGAUGAAUUAGAUCAAAAGAUGAGAGAAGCUGAAACAGAACCGCAUGAGGGAAAGAGGAAAGUGGAAUCUCUGUGGCCCAUCUUCAGGAUCCACCACCAGAAAACCCGCUACAUCUUCGACCUCUUUUACAAGCGGAAAGCCAUCAGCAGAGAACUCUAUGAAUAUUGUAUUAAAGAAGGCUAUGCAGACAAAAACCUGAUUGCAAAAUGGAAAAAGCAAGGAUAUGAGAACUUGUGCUGCCUGCGGUGCAUUCAGACACGGGACACCAACUUCGGGACGAACUGCAUCUGCCGCGUGCCCAAAAGCAAGCUGGAAGUGGUAAUGUCUGACACUCAAGCUUGGUGUUAUUUUCAGCUCAGAAUUCUGCCUUAGUCAACUGCAAGGGAUCUUAUUUGGUUGGGCUGGAAUGUCGUUUUGUCCCUGGAUGUCCUGCUGGCUCUCCCUCAUGGGAGUGGGUCCCUGUAUUCAGGAAUCCAUGUGAGGCAGCGUGUGGCUGUGUGUUUGUUAGGUCUGGGGCCAAUCUCAACUCCACUUUUGGGCAAAUUACUGAACCCCUUUCCUCACUUAGGAAAUGGUGGUGAGGAGCCCUAAUCCCAAGGUGGUGGCAGGGUGACAUCAGGGAAGGACAACCAGUGAGUUCCUGUCCCUUUCAGUCCUCACAGUGAUACUUUAACAUUACCAUCACUGUCUUUCCUGCCCCCCCAAGACGGAGUCUUGCUCUGUCGCCCAGGCUGGAGUGCAGUGACGCCAUCUUGGCUCACUGCAACCUCCAGCUCCCGGGUUCAAGCGGUUCUCCUGCCUCAUCCUCCUGAGUAGCUGGGACUACAGGCAUGCACCACCACGCCUGGCUAAUUUUGUAUUUUUAGUAGAGACGGGGUUUCUCAAUGUUGCUCAGGCUGGUCUCGAACUCCCAACCUCAGGUGAUCCACCCGCCUCAGCCUCCCAAAGUGCCGGGAUUACAGGCAUGAUCUACUGCGCCCAGCCCACUGUGUUUUCUUCUUUCAGAACUUUCUGUUCCAAGCACCACUCCUAGGCCAGGCGCCUCAGGAGUGGUGCUGAGGGACAGGAGCUGAGCUCCAUCCGGUUCCAAGCCCCUCUGAAAGGCAGCUGUGGCCCGAGGCAGAGUCACAGCAGUGGCCGCUCAGUGCAGCCCCUCAGCACAGUUGUUGGCCCAGUUGUGGGCCCCACCGCCCAUCUGCCAGCCUGGCCUUCUUUUCCCCAGCUCCACACAGGGGCCUCUUCAUGAGUCCCCUUUAUGCUGCAGUGAGACUGACGAUGGAGAGCUGUGGCUGGAUGCUGAGGACUUGGGUACUGAGCAGUGGGGGCGAGCAAGGGCCGCCUCCCCGACGGAAGACUGGGGUGUUGGUUUUCUGAUGGAGGCAGGGACGGGUGGCAGAGUGGCAGAAGCCCCCCUCCUCUGAGUGCCCAGAUUCCACAAGGAGUCCAGGUCGGGGGCUGGUGGGCUGGGGUGCUGCUUCAGCCCUGUGGCCAAAACAGCCUGCUGUAGAUUUACCUGGGUUUCACCAGAGGAUCCUGUUUACUUAAACUAUGGUCUUGCUCCUCCAAAAAAAGAACUUGAAAAAGUAAAAUAAACACAAGCCACUGUUCUAGGGCUUUCUGGCUGGCCAAGUGUUGGGCCGCACCAGGCCUGGGGGACAAGACCCUUCUUUCUGGGGGGCUCUGGGCCAGAAGGGUGUGAUUCAAGUGCAUAGUCUCCUGCCCUCUUCCCCCACCAGAGUGUACCAGCCCAGAGGCCCCCCUGAAGUCCCCAAACAGUAGGAGAGCCACCUCUCCUCAUCGCAGGGUCUGUCAUGCUCACUUAGCAGAAUAACGAGACUCAUUCACACUGAUUUCUUUUUCUUGAUUGGCAAACGUGUUGGAUUUGCAGAACGUAUUAUAAAUAGACAUACAGAUGUAACCUCGGUGUCAACAGCAGCUGGUUCUACCUUCAUGAGGGAGCCAAAUUUUCCCUGUCCAGAGCUGUCAAGGAAGGGUUUCUGAGGUGUGUCCCUAUAUGGCAUGGUGGCAGGUCCUUCGUGGGAGGGUUGCCACGUAUGUGAGUGUGCAGGGGCGAGCGUGGCGCAGUGGCAUCGUCUCACUGUCCUCCUCCGUUGCAGGGCCGCAUCAUCGAGUGCACACACUGUGGCUGUCGUGGCUGCUCUGGCUGAGGCUGGCGCGCUCCACCCUGGACUCUGGACUUCGCAGGUUCCUGCCUGUCACGCCACCCCCUUCCUGGGAGCAGCGAGCAGUGCCCCAGGCCCGAGUUGGAGCACGGUCUCUAUGGGGAAGGCUUCACUGUCUAUCAGCUGUGAUUUGUAAAAAUAAAGUCUUUAAACCUC